AUCAGUCGAUUUGCGGUUUCCGACGCGUGAUCCCCUCCGUUCUCGUCUCGCCUCCCCUUGCCCUUCGAAGGACGAGCAGCGCCUCGUUGAAUUUUCUUUUCGUCAUAUAUCAAUGAAGGCCUAGGAUCCCCCGGUUGUCCCUCUCUUUCUUCUCCUCAGAUUGACACCACACCUACACUCUCUCACAAAGUCGAAAUGUCUGCUUCAUCGACGGUCACCCAACCCUCCAAGCGCAAGACGGCCUCGUCUGCCACUGCCACUACCAAUGGUAGGCUCAGCACCGACGAUAUCAAGUUGCCUCCCGACUCGGAGCGCGAUCCUCUAGAGGUCAAGCACCGCGACUUUUUCUGGACAUACACCGAAGAACCGCAUCGCACAAGGCGUCUUGCCAUUAUCAAGGCCCACCCUGAGGUUACCAAGCUCUGCGGACCCGAACCUCUGACCAAGUACGUCGUCGCCGGCGUCGUGUCCCUCCAGAUCUUCCUCGCAUACACCCUCCGGAAUACCUCUUUCUUUGACUGGAAGUUUUGGGCAGUUGGCUACAUCUUCGGUGCCACCGCAAACCAGAACCUCUUCCUCGCCAUCCACGAAAUCUCCCACAACCUCGCCUUCCGCUCUCCAUUGGCCAAUCGUCUCAUCGCCAUCGUUGCGAACCUCCCUAUCGGCGUCCCCUACUCGGCAUCUUUCCGCCCCUACCACCUGACACACCACAAGUCCCUUGGGGUUGACGGCCUCGACACCGACCUCCCCACCGCGCUCGAAGGCAUCUUCCUCGACAGCAUCUUGGGCAAGGCGUUCUUCUGCACGUUCCAGAUCUUUUUCUACGCCGUCCGGCCCAUGGCUAUCUUCCGCAUCCCAUUCACCUGGGUCCACUACCUCAACAUCGCCGUCCAGCUCGCCUUCGACUACGCUGUCAUCACGCUCGCCGGCCCCAAUGCCUUGCUCUACUUCCUCCUUUCGUCCUUCCUCGCCGGCUCCCUGCACCCGCUUGCAGGCCACUUCAUUGCCGAACACUACGUCUACGAGACCGUUACCCCCGAACAGCGCGACCCCAAUAACGCCGUGCCCGUGCCUGAGACUUUCUCCUACUACGGACCCCUCAACUUCCUGACGUACAACGUCGGCCUGCACAACGAGCACCAUGACUUCCCCGCCGUGCCCUGGACCCGCCUGCCCAAGCUCAAGGCCAUCGCCCAUGAGUUCUACGACGAUCUUCCCCGCCACGAGAGCUGGAGCUAUGCCAUCUGGCGGUUCAUUUUCGAUGAGAACGUCGGCAUCAACAGCCGUGUUAAGCGGAAGGAGGGAGGCCGCAAGGUUGGCGGUGGUGCCAAAUGGAAGCAAGACGAGAUCGAGGCAUAGAUGAUAUUACGGAAGUUCGGGAAAUGGACUCGCACAGAGGAGAAGGUUUUGUCAUUGUGCUGGUACAAUGCUUGGUAAACUGUGUUUGCAUUGGUAAUGAGUUUGUUUAUAGACAUGAAAAGUAUGAUACCAUU